AUGUCCACGUUGGACUUAAUGGAAAAAACCGAACCAUAUUUUAUUGGGAUUUUUUGCUUUGAAGCUGGGAUUAAAAUUGUGGCUCUCGGGUUUAUCUUCCACAAGGGCUCAUAUCUCCGUAAUGGCUGGAAUGUCAUGGACUUCAUUGUGGUUCUCAGUGGCAUCCUGGCCACAGCUGGGACUCACUUUAAUACCCAUGUGGACCUGAGGACCCUCCGAGCUGUGCGUGUAUUGAGGCCGCUGAAACUUGUGUCAGGCAUUCCCAGUUUGCAAAUAGUACUCAAGUCAAUCAUGAAGGCAAUGGUGCCUCUUCUACAGAUUGGCCUUCUUCUGUUCUUUGCCAUCCUGAUGUUCGCCAUCAUUGGCCUGGAGUUUUACAGUGGAAAACUGCACAGGGCCUGCUUUAUGAACAAUUCAGGUGUGCUGGAAGGGUUUGACCCUCCCCACCCAUGUGGGGUGCAGGGCUGCCCAGAGGGUUAUGAGUGCAAAGACUGGAUUGGCCCCAAUGAUGGAAUCACUCAGUUUGACAACAUUCUCUUUGCUGUGCUGACCGUCUUCCAGUGUAUAACCAUGGAAGGAUGGACCACCGUGCUGUACAAUACCAAUGAUGCCUUAGGAGCCACCUGGAAUUGGCUGUACUUCAUCCCCCUCAUCAUCAUCGGAUCCUUCUUUGUUCUCAAUCUUGUCCUGGGAGUGCUUUCCGGGGAAUUUGCCAAAGAAAGAGAGAGAGUGGAGAACCGUAGAGCCUUUAUGAAACUGCGGAGACAGCAACAAAUCGAACGGGAGUUGAAUGGGUAUCGAGCUUGGAUAGACAAAGCAGAGGAAGUGAUGCUGGCUGAAGAAAACAAAAAUUCUGGAACAUCAGCUUUGGAAGUGCUCCGAAGGGCAACCAUCAAAAGGAGCCGUACUGAGGCCAUGACUCGUGACUCAAGUGAUGAACACUGUGUUGACAUCUCCUCUGUGGGUACUCCUCUUGCACGUGCCAGUAUAAAAAGUACUAAAGUAGAUGGAGCCUCUUAUUUUCGGCACAAGGAGCGGCUUCUACGUAUCUCCAUUCGUCAUAUGGUUAAAUCUCAAGUUUUUUAUUGGAUGGUUUUGAGCGUGGUAGCUCUCAACACUGCCUGUGUGGCUAUUGUCCAUCACAACCAGCCCCUGUGGCUCACCCACCUCCUCUACUAUGCAGAGUUUUUGUUUUUGGGACUCUUCCUUUUAGAAAUGGCCCUGAAGAUGUAUGGCAUGGGGCCACGUCUUUAUUUUCAUUCUUCCUUCAAUUGCUUUGAUUUUGGGGUCACUGUGGGAAGUAUCUUUGAAGUGGUUUGGGCCAUCUUUAGACCUGGCACCUCUUUUGGAAUCAGUGUCUUACGGGCUCUCCGACUUCUCAGAAUAUUUAAGGUUACCAAGUAUUGGGCAUCCCUUCGGAAUUUAGUGGUCUCAUUGAUGAGUUCCAUGAAAUCCAUCAUCAGUUUACUCUUCUUACUCUUCCUCUUUAUUGUUGUCUUUGCUCUGUUGGGAAUGCAGCUCUUUGGAGGCAGAUUUAAUUUUAAUGAUGGGACUCCUUCAGCAAAUUUUGACACCUUUCCUGCAGCCAUUAUGACAGUAUUCCAGAUCUUGACAGGUGAGGACUGGAAUGAGGUGAUGUACAAUGGGAUCCGUUCUCAGGGUGGAGUUAGCUCUGGUAUGUGGUCUGCCAUCUACUUCAUCGUGCUCACUCUGUUUGGCAACUGUAUCCUUUCUUCUAAGUUUUAA